ACCGGCCGUCGCUGCUGCCGGGCGAUCGCCGAUGCCGUGAGCGCCGCCGCUCGUUCCCGCCUUGCGAAGCCCGGACUCGCCACGCGCCGAUCCGCGCCUCGGCGAUCUUCUUGCGUUCGGCGGUUUUGUGUGGCCUGCCACCGAGUUCUUCUCAUUGACUCUGGCUGCGGACCAUUUGCACGGACCUGUUAUCAACAACAAUCGGCAGUCGGGCCGGAAGAUGCGAGCCCCGUUCCACAUCCGGUACCAACGUCCUCCACUUAUGAAACGAAAAAUGGCGCCAUCUGCACAGGUUUCAUAGAAACAUACAUUGCAGUGCCGUAAGAAAGAAAAACUUAAGGCCUUCGUGUAGCUCUAGAGUUGUGUCGGCCACUAAAUGUUUGCCUAGUGCCAUAAGCGAGUGACGAAGCGACGUUAUUAUUUUUUUUUUUUUUGCAAUAAGCAGGAAUACGCUGGCCCGUACCUCUUUUUCUACAGACUAUGGCCGCCAAUUGUAAAAUAUAUGACGCCGAAGCAGACACGUCAUGAAAAGAGUCGCGGUCGCCACCCGUCACCACAGGAGAGCGGCGUGCAUCAUUCGGAACAAGCGAGACAGGAAAGAAGAAAACGGUGUUAUCCAACGGAACUGACUCACGAACGUGACGGUAUACAUGUAAGUCUCGGCUACGCACCGGCUUGCAACAAAGCAAUGCUGCCUUAGACUCGCUGCAACAUAAAAGCCACCCCAAACUAUGAAAAGUGUCACUGUGCGGAAUGUGAAGCCCUCGUAAGACCAGUCGCCUGUAUCGGUAUCUUGUGCUGUUAAGGAAAGAAUUCGCUAACUGGUCGCACACCAAAGGGCCCAUUUCAAUACAGUAAUACCACUGACGUUCUCCCCCAAUAUAUAGUGCCGAGGCUACUUACUGAGUCGGAGAAUGGUCCGAGUUUUCUCGUAGCUGCGCUUGCUGUCUCGGUGCGCCAAUAGGGGGCCGAUCCAGUAAGCUUUAGACUCCCUGCGUGAAGCACAACUUCAAACAACGGACACCCAACGACGCUUUUAGCUUGUGAGCGGAUCCUACAAGUCUGGACCUUCUUCUUGGAGAGAAAGCCUCCCGCACGAGCUUCGCCAUUGUCAAGAUAACGCAAAGCCUUCUCAUUUGGGACUGAGAAUAUCCUGACUGACCCAGGCACCGCGAUGCAAAUGAGCCUACUCGAUUCUGCCAGGAAAGACUGCGAGGCUAACGACAGCAGCGCCGUCUUCGACUCGGGUGGAAUCCUGAGCUGUCCGCAAACGUGGGACGGUUUGGUGUGCUGGAGGGCGACGCCAGCUGGCACCGUGGCCCGGACGCAGUGCCCGAGCUACGUCUUCGGCUUCGACACAUCAGAAAUGGCCACGAAGAAGUGCUUGGAGAAUGGCACGUGGUUUUUCAACCAAACAAUGAAUCGAACAUGGACCAACUACACCCUCUGCGCGCCGGAUCAAUACAUACCUUCAGAGAACAUAUCCAUUUUUGAGCCUCACCUCACCACCAUUAAACUCAUCUCUAAAAUUGGCUACAGCGUAUCACUGGUCACCCUAGUCGCUGCAUUCGUGAUACUGGCAUCUAUCAAGCGCCUGCGCUGCCCCCGUAACAGCCUCCACAUGCAUCUCUUCAUGUCCUUCAUCCUGCGGGCGCUUGCAUUUCUGCUGAAGGAUGCACUUUUCAUUGAGGGUGUUGGACUUAGCGGCAACGUCGACUUCAAUAAAGAGAACGUCGACUGCAAGGUGUUCACCAGCUUCUGGCAUUACGUGCUGAUGGCGAACUACUGCUGGAUUCUCAUGGAGGGCCUCUACCUUCACAGCCUCGUCUUUCUAGCCUUCUUCACGGACAGCUCCAGCAUAUUGCGAUACGUCGCCCUAGGUUGGGGCCUUCCAGUACUAUUCAUUGUUCCUUGGGUUGUUGUUAGGGCGACGCUGGAUGACACCCUCUGCUGGACGACGAACCCGAGGCAAGAUUUGUUCUGGAUCAUACGUGGGCCAAUCACCGCUUCCAUUGUGGUGAACUUCAUCCUCUUUCUAAACAUCACGCGUGUGUUGUUCGCCAAACUAUUUGCCUCGCAAACGCCACAAGCAAGGAAAUACCGCUACAGGAAGUGGUUCAAGUCGACGCUUGUGCUCGUGCCGCUGUUCGGCGCCCACUACGCGUUCCUGCUGGGCAUGUCACUCGCUGCGGCGGGAGACUUGCUGGAACUCGUGUGGCUCUACAUCGACCAGCUGUUCUCCUCAUUCCAGGGGUUUGUGGUGGCCCUGCUGUACUGCUUCUUGAACGGCGAGGUGCAGACGGAGCUUCGCAAACUGUUCGAGAGAUGGCGCUGCGAUCGGCGAGGACCCGGCCGAGGCGACAAGCAGCUCCAGCAUCGCCACUCGCUCUUUACCCAGUCUGUCACGUUCCUCAGCAGAGGUCGGAGUUCCAUCCAAUCAUUACACUCCGUGGACAAGCGUGAAACCAAGAGCCCCUCUCCCAACUCAGCGAUGCAGGCCCGCUCCAGCCAGAGACUUCUGAGCAAUGCCGACCAGCUGGACACUGCCGGACGCGUUGAGGAGUAUCAGGACAGCCCGAGAGAUGUCGGAGGACACGAGGACAGGACAACGCCCGUCAGCCAGCGCAAUGGCGACAUAGCGGCGCGAUGGGAUAGUCCUGAGCCCGUGGACACGAGCAAGGACAACCUGCUUGAGAAGGAGACCUGUCUUUAAGCGGACAUUUAUAGCGCUGUACUCGUCCGCUGCAAACUAGCUGGCCUAAGUUGGCGCCAUCGUUGAUUAUUGUCAAGAGACUACUUCAGUGUGCGAUAAUGUUGCCAACCAGACAGGGAGAAAAGAAAAACGCCGGUGUUUGCAGUUUUCGCCAGAGUUUACUCGGCGUGCACCUUACUUUUUCGUUCUGUCUUGCGUUGGCUCAGUUUGCUGUUGCAGUAUCGAAAUUUACACUAGGUCACUUGCCCACAAACCCGGAUUGGGCGCUCCGUGAGACACCAGCUUCGCGCACACCACGGAACCACAGAAAGUUCGCGCUUGAUACAUUUGCUUGUAAAUCGAUUUGUGUCAGCAAAUCCGACACAGUUGACCCUACAGUUCUAUUUACGAAGUCAGCGGGCGAUGACAGCGAACUGUGCCACGUCUUAUGACCAUCGGCUUUUUACGUGUGUCAUUCAGUUUUGUGCAGCGGUGUUUAAUCGCACGACGCGGCUACCAUCAGCAUGCAUUCCUAAGUUCAACGUAGAACUCUACCUUAACAGCCCCGACCAUAAUUUAAGACAUUUUGCCCUGACAGUUGUACGUAGGAUUCCGUACUAGAUUAAUUGACGCUUUAUGUGCGUGUGCGUGCGUGUGCCUGUGUGUGUGUGUUGGUGUGCGGGUGUGGGUGUGCGUGCGUGCCUGCAUAAGUGCGUGCGUGCGUGCGUGUGGGUGUGGGUGUGUGCGUGCGUAGGUGUGGGUGUAUGCGCGCGUGUGUGGGUGCAGGUGUGUAUGUGUGCGUACACGCAUGCGUGCGGGUGUGUAGGCGUGUGUGUGUGUGUGUGUGUGCGUACGUGUGUGUGUGUGUGCGCGCGAGCUUGCGGGUGUGGGUGUGUAGGCGUGCAUGGAUGUGUGCGCGCAUGCGAGUGUGUAUGUGUGUGUGCGCGCUUGUGUGUGUUGCUGAGUUGGUGCGUGCGUGCGGGUGUAUGUGUGUGCGCGCGGAUGUGUGGGUGUAUGCGUGUGUGUGUGUAUGUAGGUCGGUGUGUGCGUGUGUAGGUGUGUAUGUAUGCGUGCGUAAGUGGGCGUAUGCUUGCGUGCGUGCUUGUGGAUGUGUGUGUGUGUGUUCGCGCGCGCCUAUACAGACAACGGAAACGUCACUGCGAGUUUCCCAAAACGUCGCGAAGUCCUAGCCCGAAAAAAUAUGCACGUUUUUCAAGCAUGUCAUCAAACACAUGUGCAGUAUAGCAAUACACCACAAAGCAAUUGUAACCUGUGGGUAGUCCGUUUCGAAAAAUUCCUCAAAAUAUAGCGCACUUUAUAGGUUCGAACGUUGUCACAUUGUAAUAUGCUGCUUUCAAUAUUCCCAUCCUGUUUGCUGAAAAUAAGUUAUGAUAACACAACCUUUGUUGAUCCCUGCACUUUUUCUAUCAAACACGCCGGAUGCUCGUAAAACCGUCUGUGCUAGUCAGUAGCUAAAACGAAAUGUUACCUCACUGCGUUUUGUCCACAGCAUGUUCCUUGCGUUGUCCUGGCCGCUUGUUGCCCGCACUUAUCGCGAGUACGUUUUUGUUCUGUGGUCUAUUUCGAGCCAUCUGUUGAUGUUCUCUGACGGCUCAAUUGUGCACCUGCUUGCGCCGUUGCUGUUCCCCUGUCUGAUAACCGAAACAUAAGCUGGUUUCCCCACCUUC